UGUGACCUCAUCAAAACAGUGUCGUGUCCCGGCUGUGUCCGGUUUGUCGGUGGACGUUCGGAAAGCGCUCAGCUGCAGAUAUGUUUAAUUUGAAAAGCCCAGAGGUGUUUUCUCUUGAGGGAAGCAAAUAAUCCUGUCGACACGCCGUUUAUUCCUGACUUUCCCUCGGCAGCAGUGAAGGUGUGAUGAUGGUGGAGCAGUCGGACCGAGCUCCGCUACUCGACUGGGAAGAGGAGGUCGGACGGGCCGAGCCGAACCCUGCUGUACCCGCUCCUCACAGCGGCGGGUUCCGGGCCGCAGAGCCGGCAGGACGCGGUGCUCCGAGCGCUAACGGGUCGAAUAAUGGAGGGAGUGCGCCAGCUGCUCGGGGCUGGAGCGCGCACCCUGGGCCGGAAGGGGAUGCUUAUGCUUCAGGUACGGAUGAGGAAGGAGACUGCGCUUUCCCCGGUCCGUCCAUCAAAGCCCGCGCAGUCCCGAGGUGGGAAGAGAAAGAUCAGAUUGUUGCUGUGUUCGUGGUGACCUUUGACACGCGGUCAGGAAACAUUGUGGAGUGGUGCUUGCCUCAGGACAUAAACCUCGAAGGUGUAGAGUUCAAGUCAAUGGCCAGCGGCUCUCAUCGAAUUGCAAAUGAUUUCAUAUAUUUCCGCAAAGGCUCUUUCUUUGGGCUGGCAUGCUUCGCCAAUAUGCCAGUGGAGAGUGAGUUAGAGAGGGGGGCUCGAAUGAAGUCUGUUGGCAUCCUGUCGCCAUCAUACACACUGCUCUACCGCUACAUGCACUUUCUAGAGAACCAGGUCAAGCACCAGCUGCAGUGUCCGGGCCAGUACUCCCCACUGGAGGCAUUUUAUGAGGAUAAGAAGGCUGUGCUUCCCUCCGGAGGGAACGGCCUGGUCACGGUCUGCCCCACCAGCACCAUGGUGAACCGCAGCAUGCAUCCAGAGAUGAAGAUUACACAUCCUGCUGGCUGCAUGUCUCAGUUCAUUCGUUUCUUUGGAGAGCAGAUCAUGGUGUUGUGGAAGUUUGCUUUGUUAAGGAAGCGCAUCCUCAUCUUUUCUCCUCCACCUGUCGGUGUGGUCUGUUACCGGGUAUACUGCUGUUGCUGCCUUGCUAAUGUGUGCAUACCCGGGAUCGGUGGCUCUGUACCAGAGUUCCGCCCCUUCUUCUAUAUCAAUGUUGCUGACAUCACAGCUCUGGAGACCGAGUUGUCCUACGUGGCUUGCACUACAGAGAAAAUUUUUGAGGAAAAGAAAGAGCUUUAUGAUGUCUACAUUGACAACCAGAAUGUGAAGACACACAGAGAAAGCCUGCAGCCUCUGCUGCGAAUUAACAACGCUGACAGAGAGAAGUAUCGCAAGCUCAGUGAACAGAGGCAGAUGUUACUGUAUUGCCAAGAACUUGAUGGAGACUUCAACUCUACUGAGGAAGACCUUUUUAUUCUGUUCUUUAUGGAGCAGAACAACCGCAUCUUUCAAACCCUGCUGGAAGUUGCAGGAAGCUCUGAUCCCACCCUGACUCCCGAGCAUGUGCGCGCUAUGGGCUUGGACCCGCAAGCUGACCGCGGCUUCCUUGUGGAUCUGCUGGAGGUCUACGGCAUCGAUGUCAUGCUGGUUAUUGACAAUCCGUGCUGCCCCCAGUGCUGUUUUGGAGAUCUGAUGUAAUGACCCGGCAUGGGUCUCCAGUCUGCUUCAUCUGAGCCCCACAGACUUAAAGUAAAGCAGCGGAAACGCUUUCAUCCUUGUGUCCGACUGGUUUUCUGUCUGGUGAAGGAAGGUAACCGAAAGCCAAUGACCCACUACGUUGUUGUGUAUUAACGGUUUUUGCAGACGAACAGUAUAACACAACUGACUGGAACCAUUUGGACCACAUUUCCAUAAUCCCCUGGAGUAUUUCUUAAGCUUUACUCCACAUGAAUUCAGUUUUUAUUUCCUAAAAACUAAAUGGACAUCGGUGUGACUGGCCUCUCUCUCUCUCUCUCUCUCUCUCUCUCUCUCUCUCCACAUACUUUGGAUUUUGUCAGCCUUUCCGCUUGUCCCUCAUGACUGGAUCAGUGUUGAUGAUGAUAGCAACAGUUUAAAUAUUUUGUAGUGCGCUAAUAAAUCCUUUGAAGAGUUCGUCAGUUAAAUAUUCUGAUCACCGGAGUGAUGUCUGGAAUGUAAAUUCACGAUGAAAGACAAGACCCAAGUGUCUCACCUGCUGUACGUUCACCUUCAAUCACGAUCGUGGACCCUAUGUGAAUUUGCUGCAAAUGCUGUUGAUUCUGAAUCACUGUAUUUUCUAGACCAGGGCUGGAUAACACACAGCCUCCGAAGCUGUCUGGUCACGCGUGACGGAUUAGAUCAGUUUUCACAGCGGCGUCAUUUCCUGCCAAGUGAGUUAAGGGAAUUGACGUGUUGUAUUUUGACACGCCAGGUGUCUUUGCUCUAGAAUUUAAAAUGCCGUUUUUUAAAUAUAACUAUUAUAAUAUGGAUAAAGUAGGCGCAAACGCUAAUGAGACGGACGCGGGUCGGUGUAUAUGUAUUUGUGCUGAAUAACACAGUCCUUACUUUUGGUGUUGAUUGUAAGUGGUGGUUUUUUUUUUUUUGCACUCUAUGAAGCACAGUUGGUAUACAGUAUACUGAAAGUUUAAUCUGUUUAUUGUGAUAAAUUUGAUUUUUUUUUUCCCCUCCCACCCAGAAAAUAUGAAUGUGAUUCUAUCAGUGAAUGCUGUAUUGUUCGAUGCCUUUUUGUAAACUUUGCUUUGUGUGUAAACUGGGAUUUGUGUUUAAAAUGUAUUUGCAACGAGCAACGAUUUGACUCCGUUACUUUUUAACAGAACUCGAUCACAUGGCCAUACUAGCGAAGUCAGCUGCUGCUUUCUAAAAAUUUUCGUACAGCAAAAGUUAAUGGAUUACGUUUAGAUCAUACAUUAACCCAUGACUUGGACAGAGAAGAUAAGCUUGCCCCUAAUUCUCACCAAGCAUUGUGGAUGUCUGUAAGGGGAAGAAGCCAUCAACUCACUCAUGGUCUGUUGUGUAGUUUAGAACCUGUAGAACUUGGAUCCAGGAGUCUAGAUUUUUCAAUCCAUGUAACAAACUCUUAUGAAAGGAUGACUGCAGAUAGUAAUCAUGUCUACUUUCUGUGAAUGAGUGCAGGCGCUCGUUGCUUGACUGGGAUACAAAUAUGCUUUUACCAUUAAAUAGCAAGAUUUAUUUAGUUUAACACUUAAUAUAAGAUAUAUAUAAUCUGUUAUACGUCUAUAUGGCAGAAUUGUUAGUGUGAUUUUUUUUUUAAACAUAUUUCAUGUACUACCAAUUCUUUUCCUCUUAAUUCAUAUUUUAUAAAACAGCAUUAACUUGAUCUUGAUGAGAAUGUACAGUAAUGAUUGUGUGUGAAUGCUUGAACAAAUGUGUUGACUGACUAAGCAUUAAACAACAAAAAAAACAACCCGUUCCCACACAUGCGCUGGAGAAACAUUCGGCUCUGUUUAGCAGACGGCUGCACUCAUUUACACUUUCCAUCAUGCUAUGUACUGUAACUGCAUGUGUUUCUUGGUCUGAACCCACUGAUUCUUUUUACUGCCAUCUUGAAAUAAACUCUCUACUGAUCGUGA